AAUUGGGCUCGUAACCAGGCAACUACCGGUCCACUUGCUUCGCGGCGGAUUUUCAGUUCGGUUAUUCGCAGCUCUUCUCUCAACGGCUGCCAGCUGCGGAAGGGCCGGGACCUAGCUGGAUCUGACUCCAGAGCCUUCAGCAGGGAAGAAAAAUGUCAGAUGAAGAUGAUCUGGAAGACUUUGAGCCAGACCUGGAUGGUCUGGAAAGGGAAGACGAUGACGAGAAGGAGACAGAGGAGUGGGAGGACUACAGGAAAGAGGGAGAAGACUCUGAGGAAUGGAUGUCCACGCCCCUCACAGAAGACAUGAUGAAGGAAGGGCUUUCUGCGCUCUGCAAGACGGGUAAUGGACUGGCCCAUGCUUACGUCAAGCUGGAGGUUAAAGACAGGGAUCUGACAGACAUCUACUUGCUGCGUUCCUACAUCCAUCUGCGGUACGUGGAUGUUUCCGAAAACCACUUGACAGACUUGUCCCCACUCAAUUACCUCACCCACCUGCUCUGGCUCAAGGCUGAUGGCAACCGGCUGCAGAGUGCCCGGUUGAACGAACUGCCCUACCUGCAGAUCGCCAGCUUUGCCUAUAACCAGAUCACCGACACUGAGGGCAUCUCUCAUCCUCGUCUGGCCAGCCUGGAUCUCAAAGGGAACCACAUCCACAUGGUGACAGGUCUGGACCCCCAGAAGCUGAUCAGCCUGCACACACUGGAGCUUCGGGGGAACCAGCUGAACAGCACCCUGGGAAUCAACCUUCCUAAGCUGAAGAACCUCUUCCUGGUAGCUCACUGGGCCCAGAACCUGUUGAAGAAGGUGGAAGGCUUGGAAAACCUAAGCAAUCUCACUACCUUGCAUCUUCGAGACAACCAGAUUGAAACUCUGAGUGGCUUCUCCAAGGAAAUGAAAUCACUGCAGUACCUCAACCUAAGGGGCAACAUGGUGGCUGACCUGGGGGAGCUCGCCAAGCUGCGGGACCUGCCCAAGCUGCGAGCCUUGGUGCUGCUGGACAACCCGUGUACGGACGAGAACGACUACCGCCAGGAGGCCCUGGUGCAGAUGGCGUAUCUCGAGCGCCUGGACAAGGGCCUCUACGAGGAGGAGGAGCGGGCUGAGGCUGAUGCGACCCGGCAGCGGGUGAAGGAGGAGCAGGAGGCUGAGCCCGAGCCCGAACUGGAGCCGGACCCGUCAUCCAUCUAGCAGUUCCCCGAGCCUCCAAGGACAGCCUAGGAAUUCAUCACAGCCUGCCUCCCAGACUCUGUGACGGGCACCUGGGCAGCGGUGACUCGGCGGGAGCAGCCCUCAGGCAGACCUGGUGGGAACCAGGCCUGGAUGGGCCCGGGGAUGCUUGAAGAAUUGGCUGCGGAGGGGCUGCGGAGGCGGCGGCCUGGAGUGUUAGGAACAGUUCGUUUUUCCAAUAAA